CAGUUGAUCUGCCGAAGUUACGCCCCAAUCUCCCACUUCCGCCCCCAAACUUUCAAACCCUAAAGUAAAGAUUAUUCCUUUUCUCCAACCCAUAACCACUCACCAAAAAUUGAUAUCUGUCCAAGCAAGAACAAGAAAAGGGGGAAAGAGAGAGAGAGAGAGAGAAUGGCAAUCAAUGGAGUUUAUUUCACUGAAAAAGAUUUCAGUAAUGGAGUGUAGCUGAAGAACCCACAAGGAAAAGACCCACAUUGCUGGAAAUUUCUUUCUGCAAAUGGGAAAGACAGAAAAUUUGCAGCCUUUGGAGGGUACAGCAUACGAUGCUCAGAGUACAAUCCCUGGUGCAGGGAGUAGUAAUGGGUGCUGCUUGAGCUGCAGUAGGGUUAGAAAGUUGGUGUCUUUGAGAUGUGUUCUCGCUUUGGUUCUUGGUUUUGGGGUGCUUUUGUCUGCUGUUUUUUUGCUGCCAUUCUUUCAUUUUGGAGAUCAACAAGCUCUGGAUCUGGAUUUUCAAGGUUAUGAUGUCGUCGCAAGUUUUAUGCUGAACAAGUCAGUUCCUUUUCUCUCAGACUGUAAGUUGCAACUUGAGUAUGAUAUUUUUGAUGAGAUUCCCUUCUCCAAUACUAAGGUAGAAAUAAUACGUCUAGAUCCGGCUGGACCAAACACGACAAAGGUUGUGUUUACAGUUGAAUCUGACGCGACGACACAGAGUUUAAUAAGAGAACAUUUUGUGUAUCUAAUAUCAAAUCAAUCAGCUCUUAGCUUGACUGCACCUUUGUUUGGGGAUACCUUCUCGUUCAAUGUCCUUAAAUUCAAAGGAGGAAUUACUGCCAGUCCAGACCAGAAGGCAUUCCUCUUGCAAAGUGUUAAGAUUCCAUUCAACUUUACCUUGAAUUCCUCCAUUGAUGGACUGCUCACCAAUUUUGACGAACUCACGAGCCAACUUAAAGUUGGCUUACGCUUAACUCCAUAUGAGAAUUUGUUCAUACGGCUCACUAAUUUGAAGGGUUCGACGGUACGUCCGCCUACAACCGUCGAGUCGCAAGUCGUGUUGGCCGUGGGCAUGGACCCCUCGAGAUUAAAGCAAUUGGCUCAAACUAUCUCAGGUUCACACUCUAAAAAUCUUGGUCUGAACAACACCGAAUUUGGCCGGGUUAAGCAAGUUCGUCUCUCGUCGAUCUUACAACACUCCCUCAGCAACAAUGGAGGCAGUCCUUCACCGUCACCCUCUCCUUCUCAAUCUCCCAUGUCGAAACCUGACCACCAUCACCGCCACCAUCACCACCACCACCAUCAUCAUCACGCUGCUCCUGCCGUUUCGCCUUCUCCAUCAGCUGCGAGUGGUGGGUCUUUCAGUGGGAGAGGAUCACCAGCAUCCACACCCGCACCAGCUCCUGCAAAAACUGAGCCUCCGUGUCCUUUUGGUCACAAUAACUGGUAUCCGUGGAAGCACAAGCAUUCUCGGAUGGCACCUACUGCACCACCAGUUUACGCACCACACAUAGCUCCAUCACAGCCAAGGCAAACGGAUACACCAGCUCCAAAAAUUGCUCCAGCUUCCGCAGAACGGCCAUCUCCAAUUGCAUCUCAUGCUCAUAACUGGCCCCCCUCACCAAGUGAACACCAUGCAAGGCCACUGGACGUGAUAUCAAUAACAUCACCCUCUCCAUCUCCAUCUUCUGCAAAGACUUUCUCCUCAAAACCAUGGAUUCUGCUGAUGUUUACGUUGCUCAGGAUGGCACUGUUGUAGCUGCAGAGAACGAUAGAGCACCUUUCUGGUUAGAGGAGGUACUCCACGGAAACUGAAAUAACUAAUUUUAUCCAACCAAGCAUUCUAAACUUGAGUUUUGCUGGUGAGAGGGACACACCCAAAGGGGCUUACCUCACUGUGAGUGCAUAUACGUUGUUCUGUUGUACGUGUAAAUAUUCGAGUAAAAAAAUGAUCUUGGUGGCUUAACAGCAUGAAGGUCAAAGUCUCAUAGGUGACAGGCUUCUCAUGGUGUUGUAAUGCCACUGAUUUGUGUAUGAUAUCUCUUCUGCAUAAAUUUGAGGAGAGAAAACCAACAAAUGUAAACAGCACCCUUUUCUUUUAUUUUUUCUUUCUUUUCGGUAUCAAAUCUCUUACGAGUAAGCCACGAUUUUCCACAUACGAUUUCCACGUGGUCUGUAAUUUAUCAGCUGGGAGCUUUAGGAGAGGUCUACAUUGAACCAAACAUACUCUCUGUUGUCUUGUGAAGGAUCUCACCAUAUUAGCAGCUGAGGAAUCAAUAAGAAUUGUUUCUUCUUUGUCA